AUGCCAGAACUAAAAGUGCUGGUAAUUGCAUACUGUUUGAGAUUUAACUUAAAAUUAAAAUAUCGUCAUAAUAAAGAUACAUUAACUUUGAGCACCAGAGAAUUAGAUUAUGCUCACAAUGCGAUAAUCAAAUUAGCACAAAGAGAAGAGUUUAAUAAAAUUAUUCAUGAAUUAGAAAGUAAUAAGUACACAGGAUUGAACACAAGUUCAGAAUUAAAAGGUUUAUACCCAUUUAUUGAUUCUGAAGGAAUAUUGAGAGUGGGUGGUAGAAUAGACCAGUCAGAUCUUACAUUUUCACAUAAACAUCCGAUAAUAUUACCUAAAGGACAUCGGAUUACAUAUUUAAUAAUAAAACAAGAACAUGAGCGAUUACUUCAUGCAGGUACUCAGGCAGUAUUGAUGAACAUAAGAAGAAAAUACUGGCCAAUAAAUGCAAGAAAUCAAAUUAAGGGUAUCAUUAGAGAAUGCAUCAAAUGCAAAAGAUUUCGAGCUGAGCAAUCACAACAAUUAAUGGGAUCGUUACCCAGAGAUAGGGUUAUACGUCAACGACCAUUUUUGUCAGUUGGAAUUGAUUAUGCAGGACCUGUUCUAAUACGAUCUAGUCGUUUAAGAAAGGCUCCUAAAACUAAAGCAUAUAUUGUCAUCUACAUAUGUAUGACAACAAAAGCUAUACAUUUGGAUUUGGUUACAGAGCUCUCAACAAAAUCAUUUUUGGCUUCAUUAAAGCGUUUUGUUUCACGCAGAGGUGUAUGUUCUACAAUCCAUAGUGACAAUGGAACAAACUUUGUUGGAGCUAGUAGACAAUUAAAUGAACUGUAUAAAUUUUUUAAACUAGAAAUCAACAGAAAAAACAUUAUUGAAUGUGUAGCAAAUAUGGGUAUCACAUGGAAAUUUAUACCUUCCCAUGCUCCACACUUUGGAGGCCUCUGGGAAAGUAAUAUCAAAUCUAUGAAACAUUACUUACAUAGAGUUAUAGGAUCCACAUGUUUGACCUAUGAAGAAUAUUUGACUUUAUUAAUAUAA